GAGUUGAGUAGGUGUUAGUGGGGGGUAUAUGCUAUGAAAUGAAACGCUUCUUCUUUGUUUCUGGUAGUUGAAUAACAAAUUUGCGUUUUGGGUAGUUAUCCGAAUUACGAACCCAAUUAAUCAAUCAAUCGUUGAAAUUGAAGGUGGCAUGGAUUCUCAAGUUAUGGUAGCUCUUGCUCUUUCUCUCGUUGGUGGUCUCAGCACUUCCAUAGGCGCGCUUCUUGUAAUCAUCAAGCCAGCUCCCAAUUUGAAGAUGCUUGGGCUAUUACAGGGUUUUGCUGCUGGUUUGAUGCUGAGCAUAUCAUUCUUUGAUCUGGCUCAUAAUGCUAUAAACUCACUGGGCUUCUUGAAAGGCAACCUUUGGUUUUUUGCUGGUGUUAUAUUCUUUGCUGCUGUAGUCAGUUUUAUCCCGGAGCCAACGCUUACUCCCACUGCAGAUGUCAAGACUAAAAAGAAUAAAGGGGAUGAAGGAGGCAAGGAUAUUAUGAAAAAGCAUCGCCAACAAGUUUUAUUCAGUGGAAUUAUUACAGCUGUAGGCAUAAGUUUACACAAUUUUCCAGAAGGAAUGGCAGUGUUUCUUGGAUCCAUGAAGGGUCUCCGUGUUGGCAUCAACUUAGCAUUGGCCAUUGCUCUGCAUAAUAUCCCAGAGGGUGUUGCUGUUGCACUUCCUGUUUAUUUUGCGACGCAAAGUAAAUGGCAGGCAUUUAAAUUGGCAACACUUUCAGGCUUUGCAGAACCCUUGGGUGUUAUAAUUGUAGCCUAUCUAUUCCCUAGCCGCUUAAAUCCUGAGAUUCUUGAAGGUCUACUUGGAUCAGUUGGUGGAGUUAUGGCUUUUCUGACUCUUCAUGAAAUGCUGCCGUUGGCUUUUGAUUAUGCUGGACAGAAGCAAUCUGUAAAGGCUGUAUUUUUUGGGAUGGCUUUCAUGUCUGCGAGCCUGUAUUUUCUAAGUAUCAGCUUACCAGAGGAGAUAAGCUUGUAGACAGGAGCAACUUCUUUUCAUUUCUUAAUUCAUGAGCUCCAUGGUAUCAUUGUGGUGUGUGUCUUCAGUUUCUAUUGCCAAUUGCAUCAAAAUUCCUUCAGUAGGAGUCUCACACACUGUCUGAUGACAAUAACGAUACAACCAUCUGAUGAGGAUAGCAGUAGAUAUAUCAAUAUAUAGGGGAUACAUUCCACCUAUGAUUGUGGUUUCCCCUAAAAAUGUACAAAGAGGAACCGAAUAUGAGUGUGCUGUCUUCAAUUUUUUUAGCCUACCAUCAAUCUUGUAUCAUGUAUCAUCAAACCAAGAUCAAACCUUGAAUUGCACAGUUAACAAUAAUGUGUUAUUUUUAUUUUAUUUCUGCCUAGGGGUAUAAGUAACAAUCAUAAACAUGAAAUGUAGGUAACUACUACUGGCGAAGAGGUUCCUCUCAAGAGUGUGCCUCAAAUAGUCUUUCUUUGCUGCUGGUAUUCAA